ACGAACCACACCCACAAUAAACCUGAGCCACGCCCUUUAAGUAACUUUAAAGAUGGCUGCUGCAAAGAAAGCUCUUGUUAUCCUUGCUCCAGGAGCAGAGGAAAUGGAGACUGUCAUUUCAGUAGAUGUUCUACGGAGAGCAAAGAUAGACGUCACUCUGGCUGGAUUAGAUGGGAAUGAACCAGUUGAAUGCUCUCGCUCAGUGAAGAUUGUUCCUGAUGUCUCACUGGAUGAAGCAGUUGAAAAAAGAGGUCCGUUUGACGUUGUUCUUUUACCAGGAGGACUAGGAGGAGCUGGCCGUCUUUCCGAUUCUCCUAAAGUCAAAGAGAUCCUUCAGAAGCAAGAAGCCGAUGGUCAGUUCAUAGCAGCUGUGUGUGCUGCUCCUACUGCACUUGUCUCUUAUGGAGUUGGAGUAGGAAAAACAAUAACAUCUCAUCCUGUUGUUAAAGAGAAAAUAAUAAAGAAUGGUUCGUAUAGUUACAGUGAAGCUCGUGUCUGUCGUGAUAACACUAUCAUCACUAGUCGUGGGCCUGGGACUUGUUUUGAGUUUGCACUAACUAUCGUGGAGGCUCUUUGCGGAGAGAAAACUGUUAAAGAAAUAGCUGACCCAAUGUUUGUAAAAAUAUAAUAACUUUUCCACUGAAUUGUAGUAUUAUUGUAAUAACUUUGCUAUUGCAAGAGU